AUGGCUGUCAUUGUUAUUGUUAGGGCAACAUAUACCGAAGAGCGUACAUUAGAGACAUUUUUCACCCAAAUCUUCGGUUGGGGCAAGUCUACCAUCCUUUGGAAACGUGGCCGAUUUCAGUGCACCAUCCCUCGACAACUACGAGCAGAUGAGGUUACCCGCCUGACGGAAGCUGCCCAGGUAGAACAUUACGAACCAGGUUCAUGA